AGCACCAGCAGCACGGCGCAUCUGGCACCGUUGGCUGGUUACCUGCCCUGAGAGCGUGUCUGGUGAUGACGGAAACGAACGGAGCGAGAAUCUUGCAGAUCCUGACGCCGUCCGUCUCCAGUUCCUGCCUGAUCUUCUUCCUCCUGGGAUGCGCUUGCAAAACUCCUCCUCCUCCUCCCUCCUUUGCCAACAUUCUCCUCGCCCGGCAGAUCCUUGCAAAAUUCCUCAGGUCAGGAAAGGCCUUCACUUGGCGUUUUCACGAUGAGGUGCGUUCACAACGGAAGGACCGUUUUCCUGAACGUUUCUAUGGCGGCGUUUUUCCUGUGCGGAUUGUACCUGAGGAUGAACGUUCUCUCCCCUUCGGAGGACGUUGGAGGUGUGCAGACAGACUUCAGGGGAGUAAGUUUUGUCGCUUCAAACGGUGCAGAUGACAUAAGAGACGGUGGCAGGGCAACCCAAGCAAACAAGCCGCUCUUUAUCCUCUUGGUCAGCUCAUCUGGUCGUAGCGGCUCUACGAUGAUGUCCGAACUCCUCGGAACUCUGGAAAAUACAGUCGUAUUUUUCGAGCCUAUCUGGUUGAAAAAAAAUGAACCUUGCUUCCGCAACGGAUCGUGUGUACCAGGGUUUCUCUCCAGCCUGGCUGUCUGCAAUUUCAAGGAUGAAUUUGCAGAAUGGAUGAGAGGGAAAGGCAUAUUCUUGCGGUACUACCAUCCAGAAGCCUUGAGGUGUUUCAAGGAUCCCAAAGAAGGUAACGGUAGAUGCCGGAGGAAUCUAGACCUCCGAGGGUUGUGCCAUAAGUCUCACAUCCGCGUUGUCAAAGUGAUCAGGUCUAGACUUUCAUGGAUAGAGGGUCUGCUGAAGGAUAACUCCCUUAAUAUGAAGGCCAUUUACCUUGUACGAGAUCCUAGGGGAUCAAUAGCUUCCAUGCAGAAGCUAGGAUGGAACAGCUCACCCGCUAAGCAGUGUUCUCUCCUAGACACCGACCUGAAGGACUUCAACAGGAUGGUCAAGUUGUACCCUGAGAAGCUCCUCAGGGUCCAGCUGGAAAAGAUGUGCAUCCAGCCUCAAGAAACUGUGACUGAAUUGUUCCGGUUCCUCUUUGACGAUCCUACGUUAUCAGAGAGAGCGCAGGGGUUCGUGGAACAGCACAUGCGCGCUGCCAAGUCCAAUUCAGGUGCCAUGGACACGGUGAAAAACAGUUCGGAGGAGUUUCAGGCGUGGAGGUGGGAAAUCUCCGAGCAAAAGUUAUCAGACAUUGAAAAAGAACCUACGUGUCAAUCUGCCAUUCGUGCAUUAGGUCACGUGAUCUUUGGUUCGUACGAAAAUGCACGGAAUGGCAGUGUAAGUUUAAGAAAGACUGAAGUGGGAUGAACGAAUAUGAAAAAGAUUAUAAUAAAGACGAAGUGAUAACAACCCAUCGACCGAAAGUUACGUACUGUUAAAUGCAAGGAGGCGUGACGUCAGUCGCUAUGUAGCAAUUGAAUUUUUUUUUUAUUUAUAAGAAAGGAAAUACGGGGAAAAUGUAUUUAUGGUUUCGAAGUACGAAUACAAGAGUAAUUGUGAUAACUAUAUUUGUAAAUACGUAAAAAGUAAAAAAUGUCGAUAGA